GGCAGUGGCCCUCGGAGAGCUAGCAGAGCGUCAUUUGCAGAUAUCUUGGGUCUUUGUAGACAGUAUACAUUCGAUGUUGCAUUUUACAUAUUGCACUUGGUUGUUCCUUCACAGUAUUCUGCCAACACUCGCAUUGUUAGGGCUCAAAAAAAAACCAUAUAUUCUUGCACCAAAACAAGUACGAAGGACUGAAGGACUGAUGUUCAGUCACCAUGAGUGAGUAAUAAAAUCGGCGUGUCCCAAAGUCUUCCCUUGCUUUGUCAACAGUGGGACCAAACGGCUUCAUUCCGGCCGUGUGAUAACAGUAACUCCGAUGUACCAUCAAAAUCGAUGUGAUCAUACAUCUAUAGUAAUAUCGGGACCGAGUGGUUUGUCGUGUAUCUGCACAAAUUCUCUUCAAAGCCGUCUCAAAUCCCAAUUGAGAGAAGACAAUCUAUAUUUUAUCAUUCACACACUAUCACAUUUACUUCGUACAUUCUUGUAUCUUUCAAACCAUACAAAAAUCAUACAGAAUGGGUCUUCAAUUAGCAUGGAUUGGUCUUGGAAACAUGGGUAGAGGCAUGUGCAAGAACCUCGUCGAGAAAGGCAACCUCGAUAACCCCCUCAUAAUCUUCAACCGCACUACCAAACGUGCAGAAGAUCUCAGCUCUUCUCUCCCGUCCGGCAAAUCUACUGUCUCUUCUUCUAUUACCGAUCUCGUCUCAAAAUCCGAUAUCAUCUUCACAUGCGUAGGAGAUGAUGCUGCUAUUAACGAGACAAUCGAUGUCGGAAUCAAGAAUGGCGCUGCUGGGAAACUUUUCGUAGACUGUUCAACUGUUCAUCCAGAUACCACUGAAGAUUUGGCUAAGAGGAUUGGUGCUGCUGGUGGUGACUUUGUUGCGUGCCCUGUUUUCGGUGCUCCUGCUAUGGCGGAAAGUGGCCAGCUCAUCUGCGUACUUGCGGGCCCAAAAGAGUCGGUAGAGAAGGUUAAGCCAUAUACCAAGGGAGUUAUGGGUAAAGCCAUUAUUGAUCUUGGUGGACAGCCAGUUGGGAAAGCUACACUUUUGAAGGUUAUUGGAAAUACCUUUGUAUUCAAUAUGGUUGAGGCUCUUUCCGAAGGCCAUGUGCUUGCAGAGAAAUCUGGAUUGGGCGUAGAGAAUCUUCAUCAACUUGUCGAGACUUUGUUCCCAGGUCCAUAUGCCGCAUACUCAGGUAGAAUGUUGUCGGGCGAUUACCACAAGAGGGAGGAACCAUUAUUUGCUGUCGAUCUGGCUAGAAAAGAUGCAAGACAUGCUAUGACAUUGGCUAAGAACGCCGGUACUCAAAUGAAGGCUCUCGAGGUCGCAGAUGCUCAUUUGGAGGGAGUUAAGAACCAUAAGGGAGAAGCUGGUGACAUUUCUGCUAUUUAUGGAGCUGUUAGACAAGAGGCUGGCUUGAAAUUCGAGAAUUAGAUUGUGAAGUUUGAACCGAUAUUGUAAUUUUACAUAGUGUCAUCGAAAUGACAAGAAAAAAUGUACAUAUAUAUGCGACAAUCAAUUAGAAAUCGUUAGAUCAAUAAUCAGUGAAGAAAUAAUAUAUAGGAAGAUAGA